AUGAGCUCCGCGUUCAUCAAGCAGCUCGGCCUCAAGUAUCCCCUGAUCCAGGCGCCCAUGGCGGGCGUGACCACGCCUGCGCUCGCGGCCGCCGUCUCCAACGCCGGAGCGCUGGGCUCUCUCGGCCUGGGGGCCGGCAACGCCGCCGCGGCACGCAAGGCGAUUCAGGAGACACGCGCUCUGACGAGCAAGCCGUUCAACGUCAACUUUUUCGUACACGUCGAUCCCUCCCCGAACCCGGCCCAGGAUGCCAAGUGGAUCGCCGCGCUCGAGCCCGAACUCACCCGCCUGGGCGGCACGCCGCCCAAGAACCUGAAGACGAUCUACGCCUCCUUCGCCUCGGACAGUGACGUGCUCGACGUCGUGCUCGAGGAGAAGCCGCCGGUCGUCAGCUUCCACUUCGGUCUUCCGCCCUCGGGCACGAUCAAGAAGCUGAAAGAGAAGGGCAUCGUGCUCCUCGCGUCUGCGACUAGUGUCGACGAGGCCAAGGCGAUUGAAAAGGCGGGAUGCGACGCCAUCGUCGCCCAGGGCUGGGAGGCAGGAGGACACAGGGGUAUCUUUGACCCGACCGGGGCCGACGAGCGUCUCUCGACCCUCGACCUGCUGUCCAAGCUGAAAGCGGCCGUCAAGCUCCCCCUCAUCGCGGCGGGAGGCAUCAUGACGGGCCAAGAGGCGCAGAAGUUUAUCGACGCCGGCGCCGCCGCCGUCCAGAUGGGCACCGCCUUUGUGCCUUGUCCCGAAUCCAGCGCCGAUGCAGACUACAAGGCUCUCCUCCUCUCUGCUCCGCAGACGCACAUGGUUGACGUCAUUUCGGGCCGGCCCGCGCGCUCCCUCGAGAACAAGUGGACAGCCCUCCAGGGAAAGCACGACGGCAGCGUUGCAGACUACCCCAACGCGUACGAUCUCGGCAAGCAGGUCGUCGCCGCGGCCAAGAAGAAGGGAGAGAAGGGAUGGGGUGUCUGCUGGUCGGGCACGGGACACAAGAAGUCGAGGGAGAUGCCCGCUGCGGAGCUCGUUGAGACAAUUGCCAAGGAGGCGGGAUGGGCGUAG